GCAGAAGUUGAGGCGGCUGGGGGGCCCUCGGCCAUGGAUCACUGCACGCCGAGUUGGCACGCAACAGGAGUUGUGAGGUACUGCUGUGACCCGCCUCGCGAGCUGGUUGAUUCCAUCGAUGGAGAGCGGGCCAGUGACGUGACAAUAAGCGGCUCGGAUAGCAACGCGACACCGAAAUAUAAAACAACCAGUCAUGAUGAGGCAGAAAAUCACGCGGGCAGUGACGCGGAUAGUGACGCAGACUACACGGAUGCACAUUCGUUUGGUUCGUGUGCAGAAAAUUAAACGUGGCGUGAAAUUACAUCCUCCAAAGCUGGCGUUUAUUAUACGUGAUUGGCGUACGGCAUCAUUGCAGUUGCCGUCGAGGGUGAAACUAGAAAUGUUGAUGUCGCUCUCGUUCGACUACGAACAAUACGUAACCCUUUUUACCGCCCUUUCCUAUCUAUGCAGGCAUCGCAAUAAAACAACAUGCUCGGCUGUCAUACCGGUCAUGGCUGUUACGGGAGAAGGCCGUCCCUGAUAAAGUCGAGUCGGGCGCGAGUGAUUGCGCCCAGCAUUGUUAUUUCUCUUUUCUCAUCAUCCAGUAGCAUUAUUAGGCGCAAAUACAUGGCAUAACUUGGAUGUUGUAUAAAAAUGAAAAUGAUGAUUCUGAUGUGAUGCUUUUCAUCUUCGCGACUGAAAUGAUAUUGACC